UUUGGUAGAUUACAUGCAGCAAACUGGAGGUCAAGCACAUCUUUUCUUCUGGAUGACAGUGGAAGGAUACCGGGUAACAGCUCAACAGCAGCUAGAGGUUUUAUUAAGUCGUCAGAGAGAUGGAAAACAUCAAACCAACCAAACCAAAGGUCUUUUAAGAGCAGCAGCUGUUGGUAUUUAUGAGCAAUAUUUAUCAGAAAAGGCAUCUCCGAGAGUUGCUGUUGAUGACUAUUUAGUAGCAAAAUUAGCAGAUACUUUGAAUCAUGAAGAUCCAACCCCUGAAAUCUUUGAUGACAUUCAAAGGAAGGUAUAUGAAUUGAUGCUACGAGAUGAAAGAUUUUAUCCUUCCUUCAGACAGAAUGCACUUUAUGUGCGUAUGUUAGCUGAGCUGGACAUGUUAAAAGAUCCUAGUUUCAGAGGAUCAGAUGAUGGGGAUGGAGAAUCUUUUAAUGGGUCUCCUACUGGAAGCAUAAAUUUGUCUUUAGAUGACCUUUCAAGUGUAUCUUCAGAUGACUCAGUACAACUUCACGCCUACAUUUCUGACACUGUAUAUGCUGACUAUGACCCAUAUGCUGUGGCAGGCGUUUGUAAUGACCAUGGCAAGACAUAUGCUUUAUAUGCCAUCACCGUACACCGGCGCAAUCUAAACAGUGAGGAGGUGUGGAAAACCUACCGUCGUUACAGUGACUUCCAUGACUUCCACAUGAGAAUCACUGAACAGUUUGAAAAUCUAUCAAGCAUACUGAAGCUUCCUGGUAAAAAGACUUUUAAUAAUAUGGAUAGAGAUUUUUUAGAAAAGAGAAAAAAGGAUCUAAAUGCAUAUUUGCAGUUACUGUUAACUCCUGAAAUGAUGAAAGCCUCCCCAGCUUUGGCGCACUGUGUGUAUGACUUCCUGGAGAACAAAGCCUACAGUAAAGGAAAGGGGGAUUUUGCUCGCAAGAUGGACACUUUUGUAAAUCCACUUCGAAAUUCUAUGAGGAAUGUAUCAAAUGCAGUUAAAUCCCUUCCUGAUAGCUUGGCAGAGGGAAUGACUAAAAUGUCAGACAACAUGGGCAAAAUGUCAGAAAGAUUAGGUCAAGACAUAAAGCAAUCAUUUUUCAAGGUGCCUCCUUUAAUUCCGAAGACUGAUUCAGACCCUGAACAUUGUCGAGUCUCAGCUCAACUUGAUGAUAACGUGGAUGACAAUAUUCCACUCAGGGUAAUGCUGCUUCUCAUGGAUGAAGUAUUUGACUUAAAAGAGAGAAAUCAGUGGUUGCGAAGGAAUAUCAAAAACCUACUUCAGCAGCUUAUUAGAGCUACAUAUGGUGAUACUAUUAAUAGAAAAAUAGUUGACCAUGUUGAUUGGAUGACUUCACCCGAACAAGUAGCCGACUCAGUGAAACGUUUCAGGGAUGCAUUUUGGCCAAAUGGCAUUUUAGCAGAGACUGUUCCAUGCAGAGAUAAAGGUAUUCGAAUGAGAACAAGAGUUGCAGGAAAAACGAAAUUACUCGCAAUUAUGCCAGAUGAACUGAAGCACAUUAUUGGGGCUGAGACAACACGGAAAGGUAUUCUUCGUGUUUUUGAAAUGUUUCAGCACAACCAGUUAAAUAGGAGAAUGGUCUAUGUCUUCUUGGAAGGCUUUUUAGAAACCUUAUUUCCACAGUAUAAAUUUCGUGAACUUUUCAACAAACUGCAUUCACGGUCAAAGCAGAUGCAGAAAUAUAAACAGAAACUUCAAACUACUCAAGCGCCUUCUUUACAGAAAAGGUGACACUGCAGUCAUGAAACUCAUGUUCACUUUGUCCAGGACUAAUGGUAUGGACAGACCUUCUGGGGCUUAACUCAUAUACUGUUGUGUCUGCACCAGUCUUUUAGUGUCUCAAAAUAGAUUAUUAAUACAUCCAUAAGUCUGUGGUUCUUCAUCCUCAUCUAUAAUCCAGCCACUACCAAGAGAGAUAUCCGUGUCUUAAAUGAUUUGGUGCAUAUUUUUGCAACAUUGAGAGGAUACUGCCCCCAUCUCAAGCAAGAGUGACAUGGGUCUCUUCCAUUUUGAAUUAAUCAGCAUUUUCCAGCAAUGACAAAGUGCCAGAGUUUAUAUAUGAGAGCUAAGGAAAGCACAAAACAGUGGUUCAUGGUUAAAUUGAAUAAGUUGUUUAACAGUUGGAGACUGUGCAUUGUAUGAUUUGGAGGAAUCUGUUUUGCAUAAAAAUUUUGUAAGUCUUGUGUCAGCAUUUUGAUAUAGUGUUGAUUAGCCAGGUGGAUGAUCUUUGGAACAUCUGUUUCAGAUCUCGGGAAAGUGACAGAAUGUCCUUAAAGUAUAAAAUAACCUUAUACCCAAAUUACAGUUUUGCAAAGUAAAACUGAGUAUAAGAUACAACCAAUCAUAAACAGAAUUUGAUUGGAUUUGUUAUUAGUAUAAAUCAAUUUUUAAUUGAUAUGUGAUUUAAGGGCUCUGGUUUGCUCUUAUGUUAAUGAAUUUAAGUUUUCUUUUGGCAUUUUGUGUGCAAAAAGAAGCAUGUGGUGGCUGGCUCUCAUUUAAAUUUCAAAGUUAUUAGUUUUAUCUUUACCAGAUUACUGAUUAUACAGAAGGGGAUAUUAUUUGUUGGAAGAACUGCCAAAUACAUUUUGUCCUUCUACAAAUAUGGAAAUUAAAAUAAAGUAGUACUCUAUUGAAAGUUACCAUAUGAUAAUUUUAAAUUGUGUGAUCUAGACAUGCCUUAGGUAACUGCAAAAAUAGCAAAUUAAAGGAUUAAUGAGCUUAUUAGUCAUAUGUAAACAUACAAAUUCCUAAUUCUAUUACAGUGUACAUAUAUGAAAAUAAAUAAUGAAAACAGAACUAUAAUAUUUUUUAAAAUAUGCUUUAUUUAUAUUUCGCAUAAUGUAAAAUUCUACUAAAUAAAGCUAGUAGGCAGAACCACUUGGUGUAUACAUUUAAGUCCCUACAAUAAUUUUAUACCAACAAAACAAAAUAUCUUCUCCAGUUUUGGAGCCUCUGUAUUUCCUAUAGUUUUCUCACUCUCCAUUUUGUUCAUCUUGGAAGUCUUCAUAUCCCUUGUAUGCAGGAUUCCUGCAUAGUUUUAAAUACUUCCAUUGACUAAGGGUUUGGGUGUGUCAAACUUUUUUUGUUUUACAAAUAUUUAACACUAAAACCUUAAAAUAGUGAAGCUACUUUUAUCAGACCACUGAGCCAAGAUCCUGGUAUUAAAAGAACGUCUGGGUGCUUAAGAUAAAGGGACAGCAUGUUGGUAUCCCAGUUGUUUGGGAGCUUUAAGAUUGGAACAAGAUAUUACUGUCUUGUUUUAACUUAGAUCCUACUUACAAAGUGAGGCAUAUUAACAGAAUAAAGCCUUCCUUUAAAGCUUUAUGAUAAUAAUCAUAUUUAUUAAUAAUGCUGUUGUGCAUACUUGUAGUAUGCAUAUAUUCAGCACGUGUUGCAUGUCUUCAGAACUACAUAAGUGAAAUCUCUUUCAUUGCAACUUGCAAGUGAGAAAAGAUCCUUAGUGGCUCUGGUGGAAGAAAUAGUAUUUCUUCUUCUCAGGGUGUCUCCCUGCCCUGGCCCCUCCCUGAGCCCCAGGCUUUAAAAGUGAAGAUGUGUGAAACAUGUCAGUAGGAAGCAUCAGCAUGGCCAUAAGUGCAAUGAUUUUCGUAUAUACCCUGCCCAUUUCAAGUAUAUUUUUGACAUGAAUAAAUUUAAGAGUAUACAGAAGAAUUCAUGUAAGAGCCUAGUAUGUACAUACAUAAAAGCAUUUCUAUAUAAUGUGAGGAGCACUGGCCAUGAACCGGGGAAAGAAAGGUCAUAUAAGAUUGCAAACUUCAACACAGAGCCCUACAAAAUAACUGCAGUCAUACCAAAAACUAUUUGAGUAGAUGAGUUUUUAAGGUAAUUAUUUGUUUAAAAGUUUAUAUUUCAAAAACAGAAAUGUCAAAUGGUUUUGUCUUUGUAAAAGGUGGUGCAUGUCUCUCUGCCCAUCUGUGUUUUACAUCAGAAAGAGCCGUGGUCAUGCUAAAAUUAGAGAUACUUUUUGAAUGACUUGGUCAAGCUGUGUGUAAAAUAUUUAACCCAUAAAUCAAGUACAGUGUACUAUAUUUAAUACAGUUAUUACAUUUAAUGCAUUUAUUGCAUAUAUGAAUAUAUACAUGAAGAGGCUUUAUGUCUUCUGGUAUUUGAUUUUGAAUGUGUUUUUAAGUCAGUGGUGCCUUUAGGCAAGAACCUUCCAAAUUAAUCAUUCUUUUGUUUGGGUUUUCUGAAUUUUCAGGUAACAUAUAAACUACUUAGAAACCAUCAUAGUUUAUUUGCCUAAAAAGUUGAUUGUAUGAUUUAAAUAUAUCAGUUGGAUGGUCAUUUCCAAUAAUUAGGGUAUUCCAAAUAGUUGCUGAAAACAAUUGUGCCAUUGACCAAUGGAUGCACUUGGUUAGCCUUAAUUUUUUUUUUUUUUUAAAAAAAAGCAUUAAAGACUCUUGUAUAUUUCAGUUUGUUCAUUUUAAGUUUGUGUUGCUGGUGUUUGAAAAAAAUCAGUUAAGUGCUACCAGAAAGUGUACCAAUUUUUUAAAAAAUUAAGAAUAUAAAUUUCACAACCUAAGAUUUUAAUUUUGUGCAAUAUUUUCAUUUAAUGCAUGUGUAUUUGAGUAAUUGUAAAAUAAAUGAAUUUUUAAUGUUUUGAGAUGUAGUUUAAACUGUCUUCUUAACCCAACAACUUACAUUCCGUUGUUGCUGCAUCCUUUUAUUUAAGGACUUGUUUUAAAAGUCUUUUUGUCACUCCUUGUAAAAUUAUUUUAUUAGUAGUAAAUUUUGCUUAUAGGAGCAUGGCUCCUGUAUUGCAGGGGAAAAAUAUAAAGAGCACAUUUUAGGAUUAUAAUUGUUAAAAGAUAACUUGUGCAUAUCAUUGUACAGUAAGUGUCAACUGUGUGCCUAACUGUUCUAUCAACACUUUCUUUCUUUAACAAAGAAGAAACAACAAUCAGAAUGUCAGUUAUUUUUAUUGAACUAAAAAGAUUAAAAACUUUGUUUGGUUUGUUAUGUUCUGUCCAUUAGAAAAUACUAAUAAAGUAUUAACAAACAUC